GAGGUCCAUCGCUCGCUCGCCGCCGGUGCUCUCCAUCGCCUCCUCAUCCUCCUCUUCUCCUCAUCGUCCCUCUACCUCGUGAUUCCUCUCCCAACAGCCCUCCGCGCUUGAUUCAACCUCCUCCUACCCAGUCAGAGCCAGAGCUCCUGGGGAACCCGCCAUCAUGGUUCGCGAGGAGCUUAUCUCCUCUGCUGUCACUUUUCUUCAAGACCAAUCCGUGGCCGCCUCUCCGAUUGAGAAGCGAGUCGCAUUUCUCCAAUCAAAGAACCUGACGAAAGAGGAGAUCGAUGUCGCUCUAUCUCGGGCAGGUGAAGAUCCAUCUACGGCAGCGGCCGUAGCCGCAACAUCUAGCUAUCAGCCAGCUCCCCAACAAGCCAUCUACCGACCCCCUCCCCCAUCUGCUCCAGGCUAUGGCUAUCCUCCAUAUGGUCAAUGGCAGCCUCCGCCAGAGCCGCCGAAACGGGACUGGCGUGAUUGGUUUAUCAUGGCCACGGUGAUGGGAGGAGUAGGAUACGGACUUUACACUAUUACCAAGCGAUACAUCUCGCCAUUAAUCGCACCCCCGACUCCACCCCAGCUAGAACAGGAUAAAGAGCACAUUGAUGAGCAAUUCAAUCGUGCGUUUGCCCUAAUUGAACAGCUUUCCACAGAUACCGCAACCCUGAAGUCGGCAGAAGAGGCGCGAACUGAACGGCUGGAUAGCGCUUUAAGGGAGGUAGAGAACCUCGUCACUGACAUGAAGAAUGCUUCCCGACGACGAGACGAUGAGACCCGUCGCAUCAGCGAUGAGGUCAAGUCAUUGAAAGAUGCGAUCCCUAAGGCACUGGAAGGUGCUCGGGAAGGCAACGAGACACGGUUGAAGGAGCUUGGUGCUGAGCUGAAGAGCCUGAAGGUCUUGCUGGGCAACCGACUUGGUGGCAGCGGCAACGGUGCCAGCCCUCCUACUCCUGGACGAUUCAGUGGUGUUCCCCUGCCUAGUGCUUCUCGACCCGCGGAGGAGUCGACCCCUGCUGCGACCAACGGUGCGCCCGCAGUGCCCGCAGCCGUGUCCACCGAGCAGACUCAAUCGGCACAGCCGAGCCCGAGCGCCAGCGCCACCUCGCUGAGCAACAGCCCUCUGUCGCACUUUGGCCGUUCCGCAUCCAUCCCAGCGUGGCAGAUGGCCGCGUCUAACCGAUCCAAGACUGCUUCUCCCUCGACUCCUUCCACCAGCACUCCAGACAACACGGCUAGCGCGGCGACUGAGCAGAGCGCCCCGGCCAGCUGAGCAAUCUAAAUGCUCGGUUUCUUCAGCUGAAUGUUUAUCUGUGUCGAUGUAAUUAGACGGAGGUGAUAACACGAACUUUACGCAUGAUACGUCGGCGUUCCUGAUGGGGUGUAUAUUAUGUAGCACGUGAAAGAACUACAUGUCGCAAAAUCGAGGCUACCGAACAUGUGAAUACAGCUCAUUCUCGG